AUGGACAGGAAAAAACCGAAAAUACCGCCUUCGUCUUAUUUACUCUUUUGUAAUUCCGAGCGGGAAAAUGUGAGGCAACUUCUACAAGAGAAAUCUGAAAACAAGACAACGAUUAGAAUAACGGACAUUCAGAAGGAACUGAGCAGCAAAUGGAAAAACUUAUCUGAGGAGGAGAGAAAGGUGUAUGAGGAGCAGGCACAUCUGCUGAAGAUAAAGUAUAACGAAGAGCUUCUCGAUUGGAAAUCCGGAAACGCAGAUGCAGCAGGAGACAACGGCAUAAUUAGCACGUCGAAAUUUCCUGUUGUUAAAAUUCAGAAAAUUAUGCACCUAAAUAGCAACGUCAGGAAGAUAAACAAUGAAGCCAUUAAUGUUUUCCAAAAGGCCAUGAUUAUGUUCCUUAUUGAACUGGUGAACAAGACCAUUGAAUUCAAAAAUGAGAAGAACACGUCCAAAUUUAUCACUUCCCUUGAUAUAAUAUGGUGCAUAAAAAGAGAAGGCAUAAAGUAUAAAUUCCUCGAAGAUUGCCUUUACCUACUGAAGGAUCAAAGCAUAAAUACAUUCUUCGUCGAGGAAGAAGAAAACGACGAAUCCCUAUUUGACCUAUGCCAUGAAGACAAGAAGGAAUACAAUUACGACGUUGAGGAAAAGAAACUCAGUAGGAUGAAACGAAAGGGACAAGGAAACAAGGCGAAGGAGAAAACAACAGAAAAUAGAAACAUAUAUGCUGACAUAACGACGUAUUUUAAGAAGGCUUAA